GAGAGCGGCGUGCGUCAUCGGAACAUAAAUCAACCGUCGGAGUUGGAGGAAAUAUAUAUUUAUAAAUUUAAUAUAUAUAUUUACAUAUUUUUUUUACCGUUUUUUUGUUCAACAUGGCUGUGACUGAAGCUGGAUGCGACCUCACUUACUGCAAGAUGAGGGGCAUUGUUACUGUUCUCACCGCUUUCAUCAAAGAGAGAAAAAUGGGCUUGAACGACUUCAUCCAGAAGCUGGUGUCCACCCCUCAUAUCUGUCACCAUGUUGAAGUCAACAACUUCCUGACGAUCGAUGAGAAUCAGAACCAAGACGUUGAAGACGGCCAACUCCCUGACAGGAUGUUCUUAACUUCGCAAAUUUCCCUGGCUGAGGACACUCAGAUCAAACCGUGUGACUUCGACUACCUCAAGAUCAUCGGCAAAGGCAGCUUCGGAAAGGUUCUGCUGGCACGACACAAGGAGUCCACGAAAUACUACGCUGUCAAAGUGCUACAGAAGAAAAUGAUCCUUAAGAAGAAAGAGCAAAAGCAUAUCAUGGCUGAACGCAGUGUGCUGAUGAAAAACAUCAAACAUCCUUUCCUGGUGGGGCUGCACUACUCCUUCCAGACGACUGACAAACUUUACUUUGUACUCGACUACGUUAACGGCGGAGAGCUCUUCUACCAUCUUCAAAGAGAAAGGAUCUUCUUGGAGCCCCGAGCCAGAUUCUACUCUGCUGAAAUUGCAAGUGCACUUGGCUACCUCCACUCCCUGCAUAUUGUCUACAGGGACCUGAAGCCUGAGAACAUCCUGUUAGACUCCCAAGGCCACAUAGUCCUGACUGACUUCGGUCUCUGCAAAGAGGGACUGGAAGAUAACGGCACAACGACCACGUUCUGCGGGACGCCCGAGUAUUUGGCUCCUGAGGUUCUCCAGAAGCAAGCCUACGACCGCACGGUUGACUGGUGGUGCCUGGGAUCGGUGCUCUACGAGAUGCUCUACGGACUUCCUCCGUUCUACAGUCGCAACACAGCUGAGAUGUACAACAACAUCCUGCAUAAGGCGCCCGUGCACAAACCCAACGUGUCCAAUGCGGGCCGGGAGAUGCUGGAGGGGCUCCUGCAGAAGGAUCGUACCAAGAGGCUGGGGGUGAAGGAGGACUUUCUGGAACUGAAGUACCAUUCCUUUUUCUCGCCAAUUAACUGGGAUGACCUGAUGGCCAAGAAGAUCACGCCGCCCUUCAUCCCCUCAGUGAGCGGUCCCACGGACCUCCGUCACUUCGACACGGAGUUCACCCACCUGCCCGUGUCGUCCUCCCUGUGCACCGACACCCUGAUGGUGACCGGCAGCGUCAAAGACGCGGCGGGGGCCUUCCCGGGCUUUUCCUACGGGCCUCCGGAAGACCAUUCCUUCAUGUGAAGAACCCAGCAACCCCCUGGACGGAGGAGUCUUAUUUCCACACGCUGGUUUCUGCGGGUCCACCCUCGCCCUGGCCUUGGAUCAGUGUGGUGCCGCGUACGGAUGCACUGGAGGGUCACCCGCGGGGGGGACCGGGCCUCGCGGCUACGACGUGACCCGGAGAGAAGUGCCUGAGCAACUCGGGCGGCACCUGCCAGAGUUCUUAAUGCAUGUCAAAGCUCUUUCGCGGGAACAAGAACGGUGACUUGUAAUGGAUAUCGACACUUUGGACCAAAUUUGAAAAUAUCAUGACAUCACUGUUUUCCUGUUUGCAGCAUAUAAUUAAAGCCUCCGACUGUAUAUAAACAUAUAUUCAUCACAACUAUAUUUACUCCUUUUCUAAUCUUAUUUAUUCCGGACUGACGAUCGAAGCAGCAAUAACAUGUCUAAACACUGAAUAUCCAUCACAAGUACAAUACAUUUAUAGUGAACACUCCAACCAACUAAAUUAUGUUACAUGUCUUUGUAUUUAUGGAUUAUGUAGAGAAGAACUGUGAGUUUUAUGUGCUCGUCCAACGAGGGCCUGACCCAUCUAUUACUGUACGUACAGUACAUAUCUGCUUUCCAUCACCUGUUGUUCCCUCCUGUAGAGAAUCUCUAUUUAUAUAAGUGCUUCAUUAACUUGACUAAGAACAACUAGAGCAAGGGUGUCCAAAGUGCGGCCCGGGGGCCAAUUCCGGCCCGCAGGUCAUUUUUUAACGGCCCCACGAUUGAAAAAUUUUUAAAAUGUAAAAAGUGAUAUAAAGGAGCAAACGGGUGAAAUGUAAUAAGAAAAUGUUGCAAUGUUUACUCUAAUUAUGUUUCUUUCUUUAAAAAAAUAAUAAUGAAUCAAAAUCAAUGUCAUUAUGAAUUAUUGACCUAUUCAAGGCUCCAAUUACGUCACGUUAAAUUUUCCACUUUGAGAUAUUUUUGGGGGAAAAUGUUGCAAAUUCUGUGUUUGCCAUAUAAAAAACUGAGCUUUUUUUUAUUUUUAAAGAAGGGCUUAAAACGAACAAACAAAACACACAUAAACAACAAUAAAACUUAUAAUUGACGGAUAGAUCUGAAAUUGAUUUCGAGAUUAUUGUGUUAAAAGUAAACAGUAAAAAAAUUUAUAAUUUAUUUUCUAACACUUUAAUGAGUAGGACCCUUUUGGAUCCCCAAUUAUUUUAGUGUGAUUUGUUUUUAAGUGUCAUUGCUCAAAAAAUAAUAAUGAAUCAAAAUCCAUGUCAUGAAUUAUUGACCUAUUCAAGGCUCCAAUUACGUCACGUUAAAUUUUCCACUUUGAGAUAUUUUUUGGGGGAAAAUGUUGCAAAUUUUGUGUUUGCCAUAUAAAAAACUGAGCUGUUUUUUUUUUUUUUUAAAGAAGGGCUUAAAACGAACAAACAAGACACACAUAAACAACAAUAAAACUUAUAAUUGACGGAUAGAUCUGAAGUUGAUUUCGAGAUUAUUGUGUUAAAAGUAAACAGUAAAAAAAUGUAUAAUUUAUUUUCUAACACUUUAAUGAGUAGGACCCUUUUGGAUCCCCAAUUAUUUUAGUGUGAUUUGUUUUUAAGUGUCAUUGCUCAAAAAAUAAUAAUGAAUCAAAAUCAAUGUCAUGAAUUAUUGAUCUAUUCAAGGCUCCAAUUACGUCACGUUAAAUUUUCCACUUUGAGAUAUUUUUUGGGGGAAAAUGUUGCAAAUUCUGUGUUUGCCAUAUAGAAAACUGAGCUUUUUUUUUUUAUUUUAAAGAAGGGCUUAAAACGAACAAACAAAACACACAUAAACAACAAUAAAACUUAUAAUUGACAGAUAGAUCUGAAGUUGAUUUCAAGAUUAUUGUGUUAAAAGUAAACAGUAAAAAAAUGUAUAAUUUAUUUUCUAACACUUUAAUGAGUAGGACACUUUUGGAUCCCCAAUUAUUUUAGUGUGAUUUGUUUUUAAGUGUCAUUGCUCAAAAAGUAAUAAUGAAUCAAAAUCAAUGUCAUGAAUUAUUGACCUAUUCAAGGCUCCAAUUACGUCACGUUAAAUUUUCCACUUUGAGAUAUUUUUGGGGGGAAAAUGUUGCAAAUUUUGUGUUUGCCAUAUAAAAAACUGAGCUGUUUUUUUUUUUUUAAAGAAGGGCUUAAAACGAACAAACAAAACACACAUAAACAACAAUAAAACUUAUAAUUGACGGAUAGAUCUGAAAUUGAUUUCGAGAUUAUUGUGUUAAAAGUAAACAGUAAAAAAAUGUAUAAUUUAUUUUCUAACACUUUAAUGAGUAGGACACUUUUGGAUCCCCAAUUAUUUUAGUGUGAUUUGUUUUUAAGUGUCAUUGCUCAAAAAGUAAUAAUGAAUCAAAAUCAAUGUCAUGAAUUAUUGACCUAUUCAAGGCUCCAAUUACGUCACGUUAAAUUUUCCACUUUGAGAUAUUUUGUGUUUGCCAUAUAAAAAACUGAGCUGUUUUUUUUUUUUUUAAAGAAGGGCUUAAAACGAACAAACAAAACACACAUAAACAAUAAAACUUAUAAUUGACGGAUGGAUCUGAAGUUGAUCUCGAGAUUAUUGUGUUAAAAAAAAGUAAAACAUGUAUAAUUUAUGUUUUAACGCUUUAAUGAGUGGAUCCCCAAUCAUUUUAGUGUGAUUUGUUUUUAAGUGUCAUUGCUCAAAAAAUAAUAAUGAAUCAAAAUCCAUGUCAUGAAUUAUUGACCUAUUCAAGGCUCCAAUUACGUCACGUUAAAUUUUCCACUUUGAGAUAUUUUGUGUUUGCCAUAUAAAAAACUGAGCUGUUUUUUUUUUUUAAAGGGCUUAAAACGAACAAACAAGACACACAUAAACAACAAUAAAACUUAUAAUUGACGGAUGGAUCUGAAGUUGAUCUCGAGAUUAUUGUGUUAAAAAAUUAAAAAUAAAAACAUGUAUAAUUUAUUUUUUAACACUUUGAUGAGUGGGUCCCCAAUUAUUUUAGUGUGAUUUGUUUUUAAGUGUCAUUGCGCAAAAAAUAAUAAUGAAUCAAAAUCAAUGGUGUUAUUAGUUAUUUACUUUUUUAAGCCUCCAAUUAUUAUAUAAUCUCAAAUGCCAUCCAUCCAUUUUCUACCGCUUAUUCCCUUUUUGGGGUCGCGGGGGGCGCUGGCGCCUAUCUGAGCUACAAUCGGGCGGAAGGCGGCGUACACCCUGGACAAGUCGCCACCUCAUCGCAGGGCAUAAUCUCAAAUAUUCCACUUUAAAAAAUAUUGGGUGAUAAUAUUGCAUAUUUUGUGUUUUUUUCCAUCAAAAAACAGGGUUUUCUUUGGCAAAAAGAGCAUACAAUUAAAUCUUUAAAAUCAUUAUAUUGACAGAUGGACCUAAUGUUGAUCUGGAGAUUUACAACUUGAAUAAUAAGUGAAGUGAGGUGAAUUAUAUUUAUAUAGCGCUUUUCUCAAGUGACUCAAAGCGCUUUUACAUAGUGACACCCAAUAUCUAAGUUACAUUUAAAGCAGUGUGGGUGGCACUGGGAGCAGGUGGGUAAAGUGUCUUGCCCAAGGACACGACGGCAGUAACUAGGAUGGCACAAGCGGGAAUCGAACACGGCCACUCUACCAAUCGAGCUAUGCCGCCCCGAUAAUAAAAUAAUAAAACAAAAUAACACUGAAUAAUGACACAUUUUUAAUAUUUUUUUUGACCAAAACCCUUUGGGGUCCCCGGGAUCAAGCCUGAGCGGAGGCCUAAAUGUAUAUUGGUUAUACAUAUAUUGUAUUGGUUUUUAAAAUUUCAAAAAAAUGUCAAAAUGGCCCCCACUUGCUUUGAUUUUUCAGUCUGCGGCCGUAAGUGGAAAAAGUUUGGACACCCCUGUACUAGAGGGAUCUGGCAAGAUAUGGGGGGGGGAUUGUCGGUGGAUCUCGCGGCAGCAUGAAAAAUGUCAAACCUGGUAUGCAUAUGGCAAACGGAUGAUUGAUUGUGUGUACAUAUAAUGGAAAUAGAGGCAUGUACAGUAAAAGGUGCAUUUUCAAGCCUGCUGGGUAAAAAAAAAGAAAGCGCCGCACAGUUCGACAUCAUUUUCUUCCAUAUUUGGAAGCGUUACUUUUUAUUUCUCUUUUGUAUUUCUACAUGUAUUUAUUUUUUUUCCAGUCGUUGCUACUGUUUAAAGAAAGUGAUUUACACCAUCUAAUGUAUGAAUUAAAUGUAAAUGAAAGAAUUCCAAAUAAAAUCUGUCAACUAGA